AUGGGCAUUGGUGUUCUUCUAGAAGUAGUUCAGAAGCGAGACAUGCAGAAAAAAGGAGCUCCUCCUGGAACAGAUAUCACACUGACCUGCCCAUCUUUAAAAGUUGGUGGACCAUCACGCUCUGUUUCUAUACCUACAAAAAGGAACAUCAAACAGUUCAGUUAUGAAGAUACUUUGUAUAUUAUAAUUCCAGACUUUAGUGAAUAUCAUAAAGGCCCAUACUUAUGUAUUAAUAGUAAUGGAACAAUAUUAGAGUUUAAUGAAAUUAUUAUUUACUCUAUUUUUCCAGUUUCUACCUCAGAAUCAAUCAUAAAGUUCCGGUCUGUUGGGGACACUCUGCUACUGAUUUGCAACAUUAAGAAAAAAGUCACAUCCGUUAAGUGGCAAUGGACAUCAUCUGACUUACUAAACAGUGCCACCAUACAGGUUAACUCUGGUAAUCAAAUUACAAGUAAUGGACCUUUUCAUGUGGAGACUACAUAUGAAGCAGAUUUUGCUAUUAAAAUUUCACCAGUGAGCUUUAAUGAUUCUGGUCAAUACAAAUGCUAUUUCUCAGAUGGCAGUGCUGGAAUUAUAGUAAAUCUUGUUACUGUAGAAGUGAAAAUACAUCCUUCUGAAUUAGUUCUUCAAGGCAGUGAUGCACACCUUACAUGUUCAGUAUCUCAUAUUUUGCCUAGCAUCAAUAUCAUGUUAAUGUGGGUACAGAUGAAUGCAACUUCCUCUAUUCCUGUAAAAAGUAGAAAAUUGUCCAUCAUGCAAAUGGAAAAUACUCUGCAUGUGAAGAAUGUUAAUGAAAACAGAACAGAUUGGACUUGUUUGGUGUUCAAUAACAAUUUCUUGGUUGGUUUCAUUCAAACAAAACUGAAUUAUACCAUGAAGCCAAAUUUUAAAUCAACAACCUCCGAUUAUGAAACUGAGUCAAGCCCAGGUAUUGUAUCAGUUUUUUUUCUUUUCUGUAUCAAUUAUGAAUAGAAAUACCACUGUAGUGGCCUACACAAUAAAGCUGGCCAUACAGCAGCUGGUUCAGCAGGGACUGGUCAAACUUCAAUCCAUAUAAUGGCAAGCUAGUUGUAUAAAAGUCAAUCUACUGAUCGACUUCUGUAGAACCAACCUGUUAUCAGUGCCACCAGCUAUUACUAUUUGCUUUGUACUGAAAAUUCAUGAAGAUGUAGAGACUUAACAUACAGUUAGUGUGACCAAGCUGUUUGAUUGUUACCUAUGUUAAUGCUUGCUUUGGGGCAGGCGUUGAGAUAGAUAGCAAAGCUGGCCAUAGAUUAUUUUUUUUUUUCUUUCAUUC